CCAGAUUUUCUUGCAUUUAUUUUAGUUAGGGACUGUACGUUAGUUCUCAUCUACCUAUUUAAGUGCCCAAAUCUUUCCACAAAAAUCGUCCAAAUCCAGCGCAGAUAUUUCUUCUUUAUCCUCUUUCUCUCUUCCCAUUUAUUCUUACCUUGUCCGACAUUGGUAAACUGCAUUUUCCUUCCAUUUCUUCAUCUGGGUAUCCCUCACAGUGUUUAAUCAAGCUCACAUGUACAAUCAUUAUUAUUAAUUUUAAUCCAUUUUUCCAUCUGGGUGUCUCUCAAAAUUCCCACUAAGUGUAAGCUUAAAUCACAUUGGCUGCACGAAAUCUUAAUAGCUCGGUUAGUUAGUUGACUAGCUCAUCUCUCAUCUUAUUAUGGUAAUUCUCCCAUUUCCCCUUCUCCUACCCCAUUUUUUCCCAAAAAGAAUCACAUUAAUAGUUCAAUUAGUUGACUAUCUGAACUCCCAACUCAAAUCAUUGGUGACAGUUUGAUUCAAUUCUCUACAUCAUAAUUCCCUGACCUACCCCCAAUUUUCACAUUGGCAGCCAUUGUUGAUUUUGGGAAAGAGAAAGAUUUUAUCAGCUAUGUCUCUUGCUGGAAAAGGCUACUCAGAUCCACAAGAAAACAGUAAUAAUUAUAACAAUAAUGCAUCAUCUAAUUGUUGCUCAGAAGCAUUGGCUCAAUUGAAGCUUUAUCAAGCUUUCAUUUUUUCAGUCCCAAUAUUAUUUGCAUUUAUACUGUUACUACUAUUCUACUUAUUUUAUCUUCGUCGUCAGAGAGUUGAUUGGUCCUCACUCCGAAUGAGGACAUCUACAUUGCACGCUGCUACUGAAUCCGAUGACCUCUCUAGGUGUGAAAUGGGAUUGAAGAAGGAGGUGAGGGAGAUGUUGCCUAUUAUUGUCUUCAAGGAGAGUUUCUCUGUCAAAGAGACACAAUGUUCCGUGUGCUUAGGGGAUUACCAAACGGAUGAUAAACUUCAACAGAUACCUGCUUGUGGUCAUACAUUUCACAUGGAUUGCAUCGACCACUGGCUAGCCGCUCAUAACACGUGCCCCCUCUGCCGUCUAUCCAUCCUUGCUCCAACUAACGCUUGCACCGAAACACCUGAUAGGAGCUCAGAAACUACUGAGACAACUUCUAGUGAACAAGAUGCUGAUGAAGCAUCUCACCAAAGCAGGUCUGAGUGUUGUGAGGAUCCUCAAGUAGAUCAAUCAAAUUCAGAGCCAAAAACCAGAGAAGAAACGGGACACGGAUUGUCUAAUGAAGAAGAAAGUGAUGGUGAUAACGUUGACCACGACAGCAUCUCAAGAAGCAGAAGUUAUGACACUAUGCAGGAGCGAUGUGAUUCGGUUUGAUGUUUGUAAGUUAGGGAAGAUAAAAAUACUAGCCAUAAGCUGGCUAGAUGUGAUGCAGCUUGAUGCAUCACAUAGGGAUAAGACUGCAGGAUGAAUAUGACAGCAUUAGCUUGCCCGUUUGUUCGCAUCCAAAAUAGCCGAGUCUUUCUGAGAUCAAAGUUUGUUGCGGUGCUCAUGAAGUUUCAACUUUUCUCUGGGAAGCAGAAUGACUCGCAUAAAUCGCCAUACAAGGUUAAGGCUUGCAUCAUUUCGCCAUCUGGGAUAAGAAGAGGCUCAAACAAUCCUUAGGCAAGUAUACAAAUUGUUGAAGCAACCGCAGAGUUACCUUUUUCAGUUAUGAAGGUGAAUUGUAAAGGGGUCCUUUGGUUCGGAGACGAGUUAUAUUGGGAUUUGCUAGGGAGAUUAAUUAUGUUGGAUUAAUUCUUAUUGAUUGUUUGGUUUGUUGUUUACUUACUACUAAUAAUAAUAGGGAAUAACCAGGCAGCAGGUCUACGCCGUGCUUGCGCGGCCUGUUUUAGCUGUUUCAAUGUAAUUUUACUGUAUCAUCCUUAAUUAAUUAUUAUAAGUCAUUUAUGUAUUAAAAAUUAAAAAUGCUUAAUAGAAAAAUUAAAAUAGACUUUUGUGAC